CACGCUGCAACAGGGCAGCAAGAUGCGAUUCAACUUGCAGCACAUCCCCUGAUCCCUACUACUGAUCCUUCUGUGCCCCGUGUGCUGCAGCCUGGUGCAUGUGCAUGGGGGCUCACGGCCGGAACGAGAAGGAGUUGUGGACGUGUGGUCUGGUUCUCAGGUGUGACCAGUGCAGAAUAUAAUGGGGACUCCAGCUCAGAACUUCCCUCCCCCAACAUCUCAACAGCUACAGGCUUAUGUGGCCUGGGUGAAUUCCCAACUGAAAAAGAAGGCCGGAGUUACCCCAGUACAAGACCUGCGCCUGGACCUUCGAGAUGGUGUGGUGCUGUGUCACCUGAUAGAAAUAGUAGCUGGCGAGAAGCUGAGUGGAACUCACUUGCAGCCCAGCUGCCCUCAGGAAAUGAAGGACAAUGUGGAUAAGGUUAUGCAGUUUGUGGCAUCCAAAAAGAUCCGCAUGCAUCAGACGUCGGCAAAAGAUAUAGUUGAUGGGAACCUUAAAUCCAUAAUGAGACUGAUACUCACCCUGGCAGCUCACUUCAAACCAGUCUCCGGGCGAUCUGUCAAUCACAGUGCCAUAGGCAUGUCAGGGAAGAGCCAGUCCUUUCAUUCUGACAAUCACAGACCUCACUCCACCACAGCAAUGGCGCAGGGUGCUGCUGCUGCUCUUGCAGACGUUCGCCAAGACAUGUGUCUCUCAGGACGGGAUGUUUUCCGCUAUAGGCAGAGGAUCAGCAGUGUGGAUGAAGAGAUUGGAAACCCAUACUGGAGUGUGCGGGCGAUGGUGAAACAAUAUGAAGGUCAUCAAGGCAGCCGCUCUCCGUCGGAGUCAUCCAGCCUGACAUCGCCAAGCCCUGUGCACAGCUCAAAAUCCGAAUUCAAUGGAACUCAGUGUGAGGAGAAAGCUGACAUUACAGUCAUACAGUCUGAGGAGAGCAUUGCUAAGAAAGAUGAACCUUCUGUACCGCUACCUGACUGCCAGCCCACCAGCCCUGCCAUGUUCCCAGACACCUCCUGGGAGGACCAUCUCCUGGAGCAGCAGGACCAUUUAGAGAAGGAGAUGGAGGAAGCCAAGAAAAUGAUAUCUGGUUUACAAGCAUUACUGUUGAAUGGAUCCCUUCCCGAGGAUGAACAAGAGAGCUUAUUCUCCCUGCGAGAAGAAGGGGCGUGCCCAGAGGAACAAUUGGUCAUCAUCAAAAGUCGCCUUGAUCAAAGUAUGAGUGAAAACCAGUCUUUAAAGAAGGAACUUCAGAACUGCAAGCAGGAGAAUCGGAACCUACAGGCAAUCAAGGAUGCUUUGCAGCAGAGGAUGGCUCAUCAUGAAAGCUCUGUACUUCAAUUAAAGCAAGAGUUGUUGCGAACCAACAUGGACAAAGAUGAACUACACAACCAAAAUGUGGAUUUACAGAGAAAACUGGAAGAAAGGAGCCAGUUACUUGGUGACUAUAAAAAAGAAAUCUCACAGAAGGACUGGCUCAUACAGCAGCUGCAAGGGAAACUGGAUGAGGCACACCGAAAGCUCUCUGAGGCCACCUACCAAAAGACCGAUAUCCAGAAAGAGUUAGACCACAGGAAGGUUCUACUACAGCAGUUCAUGAGCAGAGAGGAUGACAAGGUCAGCAGUUACAUCAGUCAUCCUGCUCAGACUAAUGGCUUCUCACUAUCAACUGUUAAAGGUCCACCGCGAGAACCUGUACCACAGAGGACGGCUAAUGAUCUGCAGUUGGUUCGUGAUGCUCUGCGCAGUCUAAGAAACAGCUUUAGUGGGCAUGACCCUCAACACCACACUAUAGACAGCCUGGAACAGGGCAUUGCCAGUUUGAUGGACAGGCUGCAUGCUAUUGAGAACCAGAGGAGGCAAGACAGGAAGACAAGAGGAAGGAUGUCUGGAAAUAAAGAAUUAAAUGAAUACAGAGACUCCUGGCCUCCCAACUCUAAAAUGCCGCACUCACAAAGUGCCCCUGUGAUGGGAAACAGUAACUCCUGCACCAAAGUGCUAUACUUCACUGAUCGCUCGCUAACACCCUUUAUGGUCAAUAUACCAAAGAGGUUAGGAGAGGUUACACUGAGAGAUUUCAAGAUAGCCAUUGACAGAGAAGGAAACCACAGAUACCACUUUAAGUCCCUGGAUCCAGAAUUCGGAACAGUGAAAGAAGAGGUAUUUCAUGAUGACGACCUAAUUCCAGGCUGGGAGGGCAAAAUAGUGGCAUGGGUGGAAGAAGACCAUGGAAGUACCUGAAUAACAUUCCCUUCCUUGUGAGGGAAACUCUUACCUUCUUGAAGUGAAGAAAAGACAAAUGAUAGACUCAUCGAAUGGAUGUGGAAAUAUUUCUCAUGCUGCCAAAUGAGGUCCCUGUGGGCACCACAAACACUGACAACUUAGUUUUAUACUGUACAAGAAAGAGCACGGGACGGAUAUCAGGAACUGCGCUAUCACAUUCCGAGAACAUACGGCUCAUUCAAGAGCAGCCUUCUGGGUGUUGCAGCUUACCAAGUAGCGGCUCCGUGAUGUACGGAGACCAGAAGCUUCUUGGAGUGUACAUAUCCGAUGGAGACUUUUUAGGGUUUUUAAAAGGAGUAAAUUGUUGUAUCUCACUCCAGUUUUGGAGUAUUCCCACUUCUGUAUUUUAUCGGCACAUAUCAGGUUUGUAAUAUUGAUGCUAUUUUCAAAGAGCAUGUUCCCUAUGGAAUACUUAUUAGUAGUUCACACUAACCUGACCUACUGAUGCCAUAACAGGAAUUAUUUUGUGCAGAGUAUUAUUCAGUGUUCUGCUAUGGAUAGUGAUAAAGGUUUACACAAAGAGCCCGGAUAAAUGUAAGUGUCUGAUAUAUAUGAUAUAUUACCGCUUCAGUAUGGAAGGAAGGUAAGCCAUUGCAGAUAGGAGAAAGUAGCCUAUUCUCAAAAGCCUCAGUCAUGUACGACAAGAUAAGCAAUGUGUGGUACUCCAACCUCUGUGGGACAACCAUGCCAGCAUGCCCUGCCACAGUUUCUGAAGGCCCUAACAGCAAAACCAAGGCAGGGUAUGCUGGAAUGUGUAGUUCCACAGCAGAGGGUUGCCACACGUUGCCUACCCCUGAUGUAGGAGGUGAUGUUAUAUGCAAGUAUAUGGAUUUUUUAUUUAAAAAAAUAAUUUUGCUAAACAAAUGAAAUUACUAAUAAUAGUAUGAGUCUGAGAGAUCUUCCCCUGAGAUCCACUGUAUUUAGCUAGAUCCCAGAACUUGUAUAUAACCAAAAGUGCUGUCGCUCACCUCUGGCAAUGGAAGUUAUUUAGUAUAAUUGAGUUUGAAGGUGGAAAUCAGCUUUAAAACUUUUACAUCUAGACCCAGAAGAGCCUAAGAACCCAAGAGCCCUACUGUAAAUGGAGAAGAUAGACCUAUUUAGUGUUAUGGUGGGGUGAUUCUUUUUUUUCUGUUAUCAUGCUAACCAUUGAUCUGUCAUAUUCUCCAUAGUGGAUUAAGGUAUAUACUAGCCAGUAGGGUAUGAAAUGCGUAGGAUAUACAGGUGACUGAACGGAUGCUUCGUUUGCUCCCUCCAUUACUUAUACAGUAAUCAUUGCUGUACUCGGAGCCUGUGCACACUGAAAACAUUUAGGUGCACCUUAUGGGUGCUGUUAUCUGAGGUAUGUGUCCGUGUACUUGCACUGCCCUAUAGGACUGCAAUCAUACAUUUCAUCAUGUAAUGGUAUUUUAGCAUAUCUAAGUUCAAAGUUGACUGCUUGCUGAAGAGCGUAUUCAGGGAGAACGUUAUUUCCAUGUACAGUGAAGUUGCAUCACAGGUCUUGUAUCUCCCCUCAGCUCAGUUGUUUAGGGUAUUUCCUAUUAAGCCAACAAGGGCUGUCACAUAGGUCUUUGCAGCUACAGCAUCCUCAUUUUCUGCCUUUAGGGUCAUGCAGACAAGCAUCAUAUAUAGGGAUACAGGAGACGGUCUAUAAUGGCAUAGUCCUGAAUUCUGUAUACUAUGGAGUCCAUGUAUGAUGAAUACUCAUAGCUUUCCACCACUGAGCAUAGAAGGUCUGGUCUGACCAGCAUCCAUUCUGACCCUAAGCAGACACUUCCGCCAGCUUAGUGUACCUUGGUGCGAACCUGUACUCAAAUUCCAACAGCCUGACACCUUUAUAACACUCCUUUCACUCAACGGAACUUUUCAUCUACUCACCUUAGAAUAUUGGGGGUCAUUCCGAGUUGUUCGCUCGUUAUUUUUUUCUCGCAACGGAGCGAUUAGUCGCUAAUGCGCAUGCGCAAUGUCCGCAGUGCGACUGCGCCAAGUAAAUUUGCUAUGCAGUUAGGUUUUUUUACUCACGGCAUUACGAGGUUUUUUCUUCGUUCUGGUGAUCGUAAUGUGAUUGACAGGAAGUGGGUGUUUCUGGGCGGAAACUGGCCGUUUUCUGGGAGUGUGUGAAAAAACGCUACCGUUUCUGGGAAAAACGCGGGAGUGGCUGGAGAAACGGAGGAGUGUCUGGGCGAACGCUGGGUGUGUUUGUGACGUCAAACCAGGAACGACACUGACUGAACUGAUCGCAGAUGCCGAGUAAGUCUGGAGCUACUCAGAAACUGCUAAGAAGUGUCUAUUCGCAAUUCUGCUGAUCUUUCGUUCGCAAUUUUGAUAAGCUAAGAUUCACUCCCAGUAGGCGGCGGCUUAGCGUGUGCAAAGCUGCUAAAAGCAGCUUGCGAGCGAACAACUCGGAAUGACCCCCAUUAUGCGGUUUAGUCUAAGCUAUGACUUACAUAGUUCUGACAGAGGAGGACUGCCUAAAUUACAUGUAACAUUUCCCUCUGGCAAAUGGCAACUACUGUAGAUAUGCACCUCAGAACUAGGUUCAUCACUGCGCAUAUUCUGUGCUCCUUCCAUAGGCCGGUGCAGACUUCAGCUCCUCCUCCUAUGCCGCCAUCUUACUGCAUAGCUCUGUGCACUUUGGUGGGAAUCCUGACACGGUGGUGCAGAUAGACGAGUUCUGCGCUGCGUCAUAGCUGUAUCACGCCUUACGUUCAUUUUGUGCUUUAUAGAUGAGGCUGUGUGUUAAUUGCAUAUACCACAUACCAUCUGAGAGAUGCUUGUCUGCACUGAUCAGAAUGGAACCUACAACCCCAGCACUAAGAGGUAGCAAUGCUAACCAUUGUGCCGCCAUGUCAUCCUCUUCCUGACUACCUCAUACGUUGUUUCUGCCUGCUGCUAUAAUCAUUAUAUGGCAUUUAGUGGAAGUCCUGUGAAUUCAGUGUUCAUCAAACCAUUUCAUCAAAUUCCUGUUCAAACUGCUGCUAUGAAAUCCUGCUAUACCUCGUACAUACAUUCUAUUCCCCUUGUCCCCAUGGCGGUAUUAUACACCGGAAACUGAAAUAAUGCAGCAGAAAUACUGAACAAUACAUUCAUGAUAGAAAUAGGUUUAUUAAAUGGUAAUUCUUAGUAAAGAAUAAUUUUCUCCUCCUCUCAUGAGCUGCGAUUUGCUGGUCCUUUCAUGAUUUUGGAGAGAUCGACACUCGAUUUAAGCGUCAAUUAGAUUUAAACCAGGUAAUGAAUUGCUGAAAUCAUGCAGAGACUAGUAAAUUGCAGCUUAUUACAUCGUGUAUGGGACAAGGUCUUUACAGGUCCUUAUUAUAGGACUUUUCCCCAUCCUUACGAUAUCUGUCCUAUUCAGUGCUGGCCACAGUGUAAUAGUGGGGGAGAGAGAUGGCUUCUGACUCUGAUCCACCUAACAACCAUAUGAGGGAUCUGGACACUCAUUUUGCGCUACAAACUGGGAAGGGGGUUCAUUGGCGUACAAAAAUAUAGCUGGAGGUCUCGUGUGUGUGUGUGUGUGUGUGUGUGUGUGUGUGUGUGUGUGUGUGUUACAUAUCCAUUCUUAGAAGAUAAAAUGAUUGCACUCAGCUCUUUCCGACAUAACUAAAGCAGCCCGUACAUUAACAACCAAUCAGCCCGAUUCUGCAUUGUGCUGUUGAUUUUGUAUAAUAAAUAGGCAAGAUCCAACAUGUGAAUCGCUCAACAGAGGUUCGAAGAUCAGGGAAUCGGGCUUGUUUAUAUAUAGUUAUUGUUAUAAAGAAGUCCAAUAUCCCGAUAUAAAUGCUUAAGCCAAAUAUACCUUUCAUUAUUGCUAGCCUUUUGCAGUGAAGGUUAUUAGGAAUUAGACACUGGGAUGACAUAUUGGCCUUUUUCAUUGUGGAUGGAAAAUAAUUUUUAACACAAGCAGUAAUCCGUAUCUAGGAUAAGUAUUUAUACUACACUAUUACCAUGUAGUCAUUCCGUGUGACUGUAAGUUUACACACAUUAGUACACUCGUAUGCAAGAGGCAUUGGCAGCAAUAGGCUUACAAUGUGGUGGCCAUCUGGGUGAUAAUGUACGACACAGCGGUCAGACCAUAAGGGGAUAAAGUGCCUGUACACUCUGCAAUUUCUAGUUUUUGGAAAGUCUGAAGGAAUAAUGUUCUGUAAAUAUUUUUACCUUCCGUGCUCAAUAUGAAUUUUGUAUCUCAUUUAGAUAUUGUGGUGUGUGUUUUGUUGGCUGACAUGUCAGAGUUACUUAAGAAUUGCGAAAGCUCCAGGAUUUUGCUGUGUUUAUCAGUAUUGGAAAAGCCAACAUUGUCAUUAAAUAGUAGAAUUUAUAUAUUAUAUAUGUAUGUUAUUGUUUUAUGGUUUGGUCUUGCUACACCUAGGGGGUCAUUCCGAGUUGUUCGCUCGCUAGCAGUUUUUAGCAGCCGUGCAAACGCUAUGCCGCCUCCCACUGGGAGUGUAUCUUAGCUUAGUAGAAGUGCGAAUGAAAGGAUUGCAGAGCGGCUACAAAAUAAUUUUGUGCAGUUUCAGAGUAGCUUCAGACCUACUCAGCGCUUGCGAUCACUUCAGACUAAUCAGUUCCUGUUUUGACGUCAUGAAAACGCCCUGCGUUCGCCCAGCCACGCCUGUGUUUUUCCUGGCACGCCUGCGUUUUUCUGAACACUCCCUGAAAACGGUCAGUUGACACCCAGAAACGCCAUCUUCCUGUCAAUCACUCUGCGGCCAGCAGUGCAACUGAAAAACUUUGCUAGACCUUGUGUGAAACUACAUCGUUCGUUGUAAUAGUACGCCUCACGUGCACAUUGCGCCACAUAUGCAUGCGCAGAAGUGCCGAUUUUUUGCCAGAUUGCUGCGCAGUGAACGAAUGCAGCUAGCGAUCAACUCGGAAUGACCCCCCUAGUCUGUACACCAAGAAUGACACCUGCAGAAAUCCUAUAGUACGAUUAAGAGGAGGGGUAUCCUAACAAUGCAGCAAAUACAAUAUACAGUACAGUAUACACUACUAUGUAUUUAAUGUUGUAAAAAUCACUUUGUUUCAUUAGAUUUGUAUAAAUUUAGCAUUUCAUUACGUUUUCUUAUAUUAUAUGAUGCAGCUUGUAGAGUAUACUGUCUGGUGCUUUGUUUCCAACAAAAAAACACUAGUCAGCAUGGCAAAGCCCAUUAUCACAGAUAGAAGUACCUGUGACCCCCUUCUCUGGGUUGAGCGCUGCUCCUCACAGUAACUGUAUCAUUCAGGACGCACUCACCCACCUUUGUGUAUACCACAUUCCCCUGAAAUAACAGUGAUCAUUUAACCACGUAACUGGCUUUUUUUUUUUUUU